AUGUCGGCUUCAAAGGACGUAGGCUCUGGCGUUCCUGCGUCUAGCAAGGGGUCUUGGGCUACCUUCCUCAAGUCCAUUGCUUCAUUUAAUGGCGAUCUAUCCUCUCUUACAGCGCCCCCGUUUAUCAUUUCGUCUACCUCCCUGGUCGAGUUCUCUGCAUACUGGGCUGAGCACCCCGCCCUGCUAGUCGCACCGUCACGCGAGCAGGACCCUCAGAAGCGUGCUCUGUUGGUUUUGAAGUGGUUCCUUAGUACUCUACACCAGCAGUACUGCAGUCGAAGUGAGAAGCUGGGAAGUGAAAAGAAGCCAUUAAACCCGUUUCUGGGUGAGCUAUAUCUAGGGAAAUGGGCUGAUGACGGAGAUGUCGGCGAUACCCUUUUAUUCAGUGAACAAGUGAAUCAUCACCCUCCUGUUACAGCGUACGCUAUCGAAAACCAGAAGCAUGGUGUCCAGCUACAAGGAUAUAAUGCUCAGAAAGCGUCAUUUUCAAAUACUAUCAAUGUUAAGCAGAUCGGCCACGCCCUUUUGUCCUUCCCGACCCCAGGUUCCACUGAAAAGGAGACUUACCUCAUCUCACUGCCGUCGCUGCACAUCGAGUCUUUGAUCUAUGGAACGCCAUUCGUUGAACUUAACAAGUGCACUUAUAUCACUAGUUCUACAGGGUACAUGGCCAAGAUUGACUAUUCUGGUCGCGGCUGGCUAAGCGGCAAAAAGAACAGUUUUUCUGCUAUCCUGUAUAAGCAAAGUGAGGGCGAAAAACGUCCUCUGUACACUGUCGAUGGCCAGUGGUCAGAUUCGUUCAGUAUUAAGGAUGCUUCGACCAAAAAAGAGAUUGACAGCUUUGAUGUCAAGAAGUUCAAGACCACCCCCUUGACUAUUGCUCCCAUUGAAGAGCAGGAUAUAUAUGAAUCCAGACGUGCAUGGAAGGAUGUUGCCGCUGCAGUUGAAAAGGGGGACAUGGAUGCGCUAUCAGCAGCUAAAUCGAAGAUCGAGAAUGCGCAAAGAGAGCUUCGAAAGAUCGAAGCUGAAGAGAAGCGGGAAUGGGAAAGACGGUUUUUCAAGCGCAUCGAUCUAGAUGGCAGUGAGGGCGACAACGAAGACAACACGGCCUUCAAGAAUCUGCUGAAGACGGUUGGCUUUGGAACUGACGGCUCAUCAUCAGCAUGUAGCUUCAUUGAUUCCGACAAGACCGGUGGCGUCUGGAGAUUUGAUUCUGCUCGAUCCAAGGAUGCAAAGUCGCCGUAUCAUGCCGAUUCUGCAAAGGGGGUCGGCCUUGCUGUAAGCCCGCCUACCGCCAAUUAA